ACCGACGGUCUCACCCAGCAGCGCCUGUUCAUUAAAUAUUUGGUGUCUCUAAUGAGCGGGGGGAAGCUUGGGCGGGGCGGUUGGAGUUUGUGCCUGAGGCUCCACUGGGGCAGGAGGGGAUCUGGCCGGUGCCCUCCACGCGGAGCCUGACCUCAACUCUGUCCUGCGCCCGGGGCCUGUGCGCUGGACACGGAGGACUGACACGGAGGCCCCCAGCCCAGGGCGGAGCCGGGGAGCGGCCCCCUCCCUGUGGUGGGUCGCGGGCCUGGCCUAGAGCCUGCGCCUGGCCGGGGAGACCUGUUGGGCGGGAGUGCGUCAGGGCGCGGGCGCCCUCCCUGCUCUGUGACGCGCGGCCCCGGGGGGCACGCGGGGCGCACACCGCCUGUCCUGGCCUCUGACCCGGGCUGACCAUGGCGGCGCUGCGGCUCCUGGCGUCGGCGCUCGGGCGCGGGGUUCCCGCCCGCGGCUCAGGGCUCGCGCUGUCCCAGGGCUGCGCCCGCCGCUUUGCCACCAGCCCCCGGCCCCGCGCCAAGUUCUACACGGACCCGGUGGAGAUGGUGAAGGACAUCUCUGACGGGGCGACCAUCAUGGUCGGGGGCUUCGGGCUCUGCGGGAUCCCCGAGAACCUGAUCGCCGCGCUGCUCAGGACCGGCGUGAAGGACUUGCAGGUGGUCAGCAGCAAUGUGGGCGUGGAGGACUUCGGCCUGGGCCUCCUGAUGGCCUCCAGGCAGGUCCGCCGCAUCGUCUGUUCCUACGUGGGCGAGAACACGCUGUGCGAGAGCCAGUACCUGGCAGGAGAGCUGGAGCUGGAGCUCACGCCCCAGGGCACCCUGGCCGAGCGCAUUCGCGCGGGGGGCGCCGGGGUGCCCGCCUUCUACACCCCCACAGGCUACGGGACCUUGGUCCAGGAAGGGGGCGCCCCCAUCCGCUACACCCCGGACGGCCACCUGGCGAUCAUGAGCCAGCCCCGAGAGGUGAGGGAGUUCCAAGGCGACCACUUCCUUUUGGAGCGCGCCAUCCGGGCGGACUUCGCCCUGGUGAAAGGGUGGAAGGCCGACCGGGCAGGAAACGUGGUCUUCAGGGGGAGCGCCCGCAAUUUCAACGUGCCCAUGUGCAAAGCUGCAGACGUCACGGCGGUGGAGGUGGAAGAGAUCGUGGACGUGGGGACUUUCCCCCCAGAAGACAUCCACGUUCCAAACAUAUAUGUAGAUCGUGUGAUAAAGGGGCAGAAAUAUGAGAAACGAAUUGAGCGCUUGACGAUCCGGAAAGAGGAAGAUAGAGACGCCGAAAACAAAGAGGACGCCAGGACGCGCAUCAUCAGACGCGCAGCUCUGGAAUUUGAGGACGGCAUGUACGCCAAUCUGGGCAUAGGCAUCCCCCUGCUGGCCAGCAACUUCAUCAGCCCCAGCAUGACCGUGCAUCUUCACAGUGAGAACGGGAUCCUGGGCCUGGGCCCGUUUCCCACGGAAGAUGAGGUGGAUGCCGACCUCAUCAAUGCAGGCAAACAGACGGUCACGGUGCUUCCCGGGGGCUGCUUCUUCGCCAGCGACGACUCCUUCGCCAUGAUCCGAGGGGGACACCUCCAGCUAACCAUGCUCGGAGCCAUGCAGGUUUCCAGAUACGGCGACCUGGCGAACUGGAUGAUCCCUGGCAAGAAGGUGAAAGGCAUGGGCGGUGCCAUGGACUUGGUGUCCAGUCCGAAGACCAGAGUGGUGGUCACCAUGGAGCACUGCACAAAGGACAACACCCCUAAGAUCAUGGAGAAAUGCACCAUGCCACUGACCGGGAAGCAGUGCGUGGACCGCAUCAUCACCGAGAAGGCCGUGUUUGACGUGCACAGGAAGAGAGGGUUGACGCUGACGGAGCUCUGGGAGGGCCUGACCGUGGACGACGUCAGAAAGAGCACGGGGUGUGCCUUUGCUGUGUGCCCGAACCUAAGGCCCAUGCAGCAGGUGGCACUCUGAUGGGACCCGGAUCUGGCGGGGGGGUGCGCUCCUCAGGGGAUCCCACUAGGUUCCUCAGGGGACGUCGGUUACCGCAGGAAUGCAUUUACCCAGCGCUUGGAGGCGUUUGCUGCUGGCCUCCGACUUUCCUCCCUAGGUGUACUGUGCUCCUCUAGAGAGCUGCGACUUUAAUUAAAAACAACAGGAAAACAGA